AUGGAGGCUCCAGUAUGGACCAAAGAGUUCCAGUGUAGAGGCCAUGAGUCUGCUCUGCUGGACUGUGACAGCUCAGAUAGAAACACCUGCUCUUCUGGCAAAGCUGUUAGACUCACCUGCUCAGGUUCAGAUUAUAUCAGGUUGGUGGGAGAGCCCAGCCGCUGUGCUGGUAAAUUGGAGAUGAAAAACCACGGAGAGUGGAGACAAGUGGAAGCCUUGGGUUUUGAAUGGAACCGGAUGUCUGCAGAUGCAGUGUGUCGACAACUGGACUGUGGUUCUGCUUUUCCAAAAAGUAUUCAUUACAGUGCAAAAGUUAGUGGACCUUCAGACUAUCCUGUGUGGUUGAUCAACUCGUCUUGUGUUCAGUCUAAAUCUGCAGUGAAGGAAUGUGUGACAACCGACAAUACGUACAGCUCUUCUUUCCUGGAAAUUACCUGCUCAGGUUUGCUGGCUCAGCCAAACAUCUCCCCCUCUCCCUCCCCUGACGCGGUCUACAAGGCCAAGCAGCGGAGGCUCCAGGUGCUCAUGGGCUCCAACUUCACCAUCAGGUGCUCCGUCAGACCACAGUACCCAGGAGGCUCCUUCAAGCUCAUCGUCCCCACCCCUGACCAGGCACAGAACUACACCCUGCCAGCUGUCAAUCACACGGCCCACUUCCUGUUCUCUGCUGCAGACUCCACCCACCGAGGGGAGUACCGCUGUGUUUAUCACCUCUAUGUUUUCUCCAAUAACUUCUCUUCUGAGAGCCGGCCGCUCCAUCUCACUCCUGCAGCUCCUCUAACCGAGUUGAUCAUCAGACUUGUUGUCCUCCUGCUGGGUAUGAUGUCACUCAUCACUGCCCUCUGCGUCACCUCGAAGGCCAGCAGAAAACAGAAGCUGAGACGAGUGAAGAAUAGUGAGAUUUAGAAAAGCUAGAGCAAACAUUAAUUUGAUAUUAAUUCAGCUUAGGUGCUGCGCAAAACGGCUUGGGUAUAACGGCAGGGAAAACUUUAAAUGCAUCACUGAAUCAAAGAUGCUGGUAAUCUUUACACCCCCCAUGUGUAACAGCUAGAGUUCUGUACAGACCUUAAACAAAACCCAGACCCGGACCAGACCUAUGUGGUUCUGCUGAAUCUGAUUCCUGAACCUGAUCAGAGACAGAUGCUGUAUUUUAAUGUUUUCUUUCUUCAAAGAUAAAGUUAUAUGCUUGCUUUGUAAUACCUGUCAACCACUAACAUAUAUAUUAUUUUUGAUAUUUUACACAUUAUACUCAGAUUCGUAUUUUAAC